AUUGUGAAAUUGGCUCUCUGGGGGCCAAGGCCUUCUAAAGUUGAUGGAAGUGGCUUUGGCUUAUUGGGUCCGAUUCUAGGCCAUUCAUUCCAACCUUUAGAGACAUCCCAGCUUUCCCUAGCCCAGAGUCUGCAACCCCUCCACCAUCCCACAUCCUCCUCCUCCCUUUCCUCAUGAACCCCAGGUGCGCCUCUGCCUUCUCAAACCCCUUCACCAUCCCACACCCUCCUCCCUUUCCUCAUGAACCCCAGUCGCGCCUCUGCCUUCUCAUCCCUGCGCAUCACACAGCCUCGCUCGUGCCCGGUGAAUGCUGAGGCUGCUCUGGACAUGGAGUGUGGCCCUGUGGGCAAGGGCUGGGCUCUUGGAGGUAGGGGAGCUACCGGGGCGACUGGGAGGAGGAUGUGUUACACACGCAUCAGAGUUAACUUUGCAGUGAGAGCGGCCUUGCUGCGGCCAAAGAACAUGGAAAAGCGUGAGUGGGGUUAUGUGCCUUAAAGCAUCAGACACUUGGGCCUCGGGCACCAGGAGCCGGCCACAGGGAUGUCUGGGGAAAUGGCGUUCCGUGAGACGCAAGCACACAAGAAUGCACUUGGCACAUCUGGGGAACAGCAGGCAGCUGAUAUCACUGGGCCCACCCCGCACCAGGGAGGAUGGAAGCAGGAUCUCCCAGCGGGUAGAACAGAGCCGGAGCCAGGUGCAGGCCAUUGGAGAGAAGGUCUCCUUGGCCCAGGCCAAGAUUGAGAAGAUCAAGGGCAGCAAGAAGGCCAUCAAGGUGUUCUCCAGUGCCAAGUGCCCUGCUCCAGAGCGCCUGCAGGAAUAUGGCUCCAUCUUCAUGGGCGCCCAGGACCCUGGCCUGCAGAGACGCUCCUGCCACAGGAUCCAGAGCAAGCACCGCCCCCUGGACGAGCGGGCCCUGCAGGAGAAGCUGAAGUACUUUCCUGUGUGCGUGAGCACCAAGCCGGAGCCUGAGGACGAUGCAGAAGAGGGACUUGGGGGUCUUCCCAGCAACAUCAGCUCUGUCAGCUCCUUGCUGCUCUUCAACACCACCGAGAACCUGUACAAGAAGUAUGUCUUCCUGGACCCCCUGGCUGGUGCUGUAACAAAGACCCAUGUGAUGCUGGGGGCAGAGACAGAGGAGAAGCUGUUUGAUGCCCCCUUGUCCAUCAGCAAGAGAGAGCAGCUGGAACAGCAGGUCCCAGAGAAUUACUUCUAUGUGCCAGACCUGGGCCAGGUGCCUGAGAUCGAUGUUCCAUCUUACCUGCCUGACCUGCCCGGCAUUGCCAAUGACCUCAUGUACAGUGCCGACCUGGGCCCCGGCAUUGCCCCCUCUGCCCCUGGCACCAUUCCAGAACUGCCCACCUUCCACACUGAGGUAGCCGAGCCUCUCAAGGCAGACCUACAAGAUGGGGUACUAACAGCACCCCCACCACCCCCACCGCCCCCACCACCUCCCCCAGCUCCUGAGGUGCUGGCCAGUGCACCCCCACUGCCACCCUCAACCGCGGCCCCUGUAGGCCAAGGCGCCAGGCAGGAUGACAGCAGCAGCAGCGCGUCUCCUUCAGUCCAGGGAGCUCCCAGGGAAGUGGUCGACCCCUCCGGUGGCCGGGCCACUCUGCUAGAGUCCAUCCGCCAAGCUGGGGGCAUCGGCAAGGCCAAGCUGCGCAGCGUGAAGGAGCGAAAGCUGGAGAAGAAGCAGCAGAAGGAGCAGGAGCAAGUGAGAGCCACGAGCCAAGGUGGGGACUUGAUGUCGGAUCUCUUCAACAAGCUGGUCAUGAGGCACAAGGGCAUCUCUGGGAAAGGACCUGGGGCUGGUGAGGGGCCCGGAGGAGCCUUUGCCCGCGUGUCAGACUCCAUCCCUCCUCUGCCGCCACUGCAGCAGCCACAGGCAGAGGAGGACGAGGACGACUGGGAAUCCUAGGGGGCUCCAUGACACCUUCCUCCCCCAGACCCAGACUUGGGCCAUUGCUCUGACAUGGACACAGCCAGGACAAGCUGCUGAGACCUGCUUCCCUGGGAGGGGGUGAUGGAACCAGCACUGUGCAGAGACCAGCUUCAAGGAGCGGAAGGCUGGCCUGAGGCCACACAGCUGGAGCGGGGACUUCUGUCUGCCUGUGCUCCAUGGGGGGACGGCUCCAGCCAGCCUGCGCCAGUGUGUUCUUCUCUUCUCUAAAGAGGCUUCCAGAGAAAAUGGCACACCAAUCAAUAAAGAACUGAGCAGAAA